AUGGCGUUUCGACGAGAAGCGACCGCCCGAAGGAGUAAGAGGAGGCCGACGGCUCUGGCGGGGCUUGGGCUGGACGGCGGUGGCAGUUGCCGGCACAUUCAUCCUUCCGGUCGGAAGGAAAUGCUACCCGUUAUCGGGGGGGCGCUCGCGGUGGCUGCCGUGGCCACGGGGCUUCGAUACCUCAUCAGAGCAGGGAAGCGGAUGAAGGAAAUGGAGGAGCAAGAGAAAAAGUCGGGCGGCGGAGGAGGCGGGGGCGGGGGCGGGGGCGGCGGAGGACCUGGAGAUGGGGUGCCGUCGGACGGGCCGGCCUUUGGGCUGGACGUGGGAGUGACCAAUCUUCGGCUGGCGUUCGCAAGUUCGAUUGAGACGCGACCGGAGGUGGUCGAGAACCGCGAGGGAAGCCGGUGGACGCCUGCGUGCGUGGCCUUCAAGGGAGGGGGAGACCCCAUCGUCGGGAGCAUUGCCAGGGCGCAAAGAUUUGAGUCAGCGUCGACGACAAUGCUAGGGGUGCAGCCGCUGCUGGGCCUUCCAUUUCUCGGGCCGGAAUCGCAGGCGAUCGCCGCGUCUGCGUCCGCCGGGGCUCUGGGAGGAGGCGUGCUGGAAGAGGGGGAAGGGGGUAUGGCCGGGCUGAGGGUCGGGGAGGGGGGGAAAGUUUUGACGGCUCAGGAAUCGAUGGGUCUGAUGCUCACCAACAUCAAGGCCCUGGGGGAGCAUAAGGUGAAAGCGGGAGGCGCAGCCGUGUUGUCGUGCCCGGCUUAUUUCAGCGACGACCAACGGGACGUGAUGGCCGCGGCAGGCGGGGACGCCGGCCUUGUGGUGCUCGACACGAUCGACGAGCCCGUGGCGGCCGUGAUGGCAGCCGAGGACAUGUCCCUUCUGCCCAAGGGCGACGACGCCGGAGGCCUGGUUGGUGUGUUGGACGUCGGCGGGCGAUCCGCCCAGUGCAGCAUCAUCGAUACGGCCGGUACUGCCGAGGGUGAUCGACCGAAGAUGGUGGGAUCUGAUUGGACUGCGGAAACAGGGGCUGACUCGGCGAGGGUGGACCGCAUCAUCGAGCCCCUCCUGAGAAAGGCGGAAGGACCGUGCGAAAGCGCCUUGAAGUUGGCCCAAGUGGACGCCUCCGCCCUCAAGGCCGUCCUGGUGAUCGGAGGCUGCUCCCGAACGCCUGCACUCCAAGACUUCGCCUCCAAGAUAUUCGGGAAGGCCGGAGGCGGGGGCGGGGCGGGGGUGAUCUCGUCUGCCGAGCAGUCGGACGAGAUGGUGGUUCUCGGGGCUGCGCUCGAAGCUCGCCAUCUCAUCUACGGGGAAUAAAUAAUUUUGUUUUUUAGUUGAGCUUGGGUGGAGAACGAAACUGAUGGGGAGAGUGUAGUUGUGUUUUUUGGUGGGUGUACUGCUGUAGCGUGGGCGAUUUUUGAGGUGUUGGGGGGCGCUCGUGUCUCUGGUGAGGGUUUCUAUCGGAGCCGAUCGGAAUGUAGUGGUAUGGGAAUCGAUUCCUCGAGGUGGUCGCGUGCAGGUGUGAGAAAGACAGGAGCGCUGAAAGGAUUAUUUUUUUCGCAAUCGUGUGCGGAGAUGUUAUGCUACGAUUGAUGUUUUGUUUUGAGUUCGUCAGAACUAUUGGAGUUCAUUUUUGCCCGUCGGGGUUUUUGAUGGGACGCGUGUGUCGCCUCUCUUUUUGAUAACUAUUCUUCCACCUUC